GAGACUCACAAUUUCUUUAUUCGACAUUUGAGGAUACUAUUGACAUGACUAACUUAAGGGUAUGACUUUGCUUUUGGUUUCUUCAUAAGACUUCAUACCUAUGAAAAUGCAUUCCUUACUAAUCCACGAUCAACCCUUUAAUUAGUCAAUAUGAGACUUUUCUCCCAACAAUCCUCAACAUAAAUCUCCAAUGAUUCAUCCCUAUAAAUGUUAUUAAUUCCUUUAAUAAUAAAAUUAUCUUCAAGUUGGUGAGGCAAAUAAUCUUUCUUGCUAGAAUUAGAAAUGACCGUUUGGUUUACAAAGUGAACUAACUCGUCAGCUGAACAAUAAAAAUGGAGGGCAGAUGUUUUGUCCAGAACCCAAAAAAUAAAUAAAUAAAUAAAUAAACAUUGUGAUGUGUAGCUUUACAACCUGUCCUAUCACUUUAUUUUCAACUUGUGAAUAAUAUUUCAUGUGUAUACCAAAUAAGUAUAAUAAGUUACUUGUUGUACUAUUCAUUAUUGUGUUAUAUAUGUGUAUUAUUAUGAACUUUAUCAUAUUGAUUAAAGAAAUAUUAUCAAGGACUUAAAAGUAUCCAUCCAUCCUAACCAAUGAAGCUACAAGAACCCUCUAAUCAUGAAUCCGAGAUUAGAGGACCAAUUAAAUAGAUGUUUUCUGUCUGUCUAUUAUUGUUCUGCUCAUUUUUGUUCAUGUACUUUUAAAACAUCCAUUUGAGUCGUAAUUUUAAAAAGUAACCAUUUUGGUACAACAAUUUCGUUUUAAAACUUUAUUUUAGUCGUGCUUUUAAAAAGUCACAAUUUUAGUGGGUAAUUUUCAUUUUUUUAAUCAUAAUUUUAGCAGGAUAAUUUACUUACUAUGCAAGAUCUUUUUAGUUUAAAUUUUGCUACGAAAUUAAUUAAUUUUUGAAAGUGGGUGGACAAAAUGAAUGUUUUUAAAAAAGAAGUGGAUGCCAAAAUAAGUGCCACGUAUUUGAUUAACAAGAUGCUUCUCCUGAUGUCAGCCAGGCAAUUCUCCAAAUUUUUUAAACCUUUUUUUUUCUUUUCUUUUAGAAUUAUUAUAACAUUAAAAUCCAAUGCAAAAUUAGGUAAAUUCUGGGUUUUCCAAAAACCGGCAUCCUUCGAACUGUUUUCCCUUUUGCCUUGGCUGUAUGAAAUGGUGUUAUGUCUCCACUCACAUUCCUGCUUUUUCCACAAUAUCAGCUCCCUUUUUUCCUUUUUUUCUUUUUAAUAUAAUAAAAUUUCAUGUUUUUUUUAAAAAAAAAAAGCUUUUGUUCCAUGUCGAGAAUAUUCUAUGAAAAUUUUAACACUAACCAAUUGAAUUGCUUAUGGUGAUUUUACUUUCGAUCUCGUUAAUUACUCUUCACUAACCUCAGUUACAUGUUUGAAGGGUAAUUUUUAGAUAGUUCUUAAUUCUAAGCAUAUUAGCUCGUUUUCUUGUUAUGCAAAAUUGGUUCUUACAUAGGAUUGAGAAAAUGAUUGCAAGCUCAAAUUUGAAGCAAAAAAGAAAGGCAAAUCUAUGCCCAAAAGCUUAACUAUGGUUAGGUGAGUAGUAACUGCAGGCUUAACCAGGAUUAGUUCCCACGUACUAUAUAAACCACUCCCCACCUAAAUCCCCAUGCACUCCAAGUUUCCAACACAUUGUCUUGCUAUCCACAAACCUCUCUACUUCUAAACAAAUGAAGCUUCUUAUUCUUGCCACCCUCACAAUAAGCUCACUCCUCUUCCCUUUCACCUUCCUCAAUUUCCUCUUUUGCUCUCUCCUCGCCCUCUCUCUCAACUUCUGGCUCAUCCCCGGUGGGUUUGCAUGGCGCAACCACCACCGCUCCUCAGCCAACCUUCCCGGCCCCUCUGGCUGGCCGUUACUCGGAACGCUCCCGCAAAUGGGGCCACUUGCUCACCGAAAUCUCGCUGCCAUUGCACACUCCUUCAAAGCCACUCGUCUCAUGUCCUUCAGCUUGGGUACGACUAGAGCCAUCAUAAGUAGUCACCCUGACACGGCCAAGCAGAUCCUCUGUGGCUCAGCUUUCUCCGACCGCCCCAUCAAGCAAUCAGCUCGACUAAUGAUGUUCGAGCGAGCCAUUGGUUUCGCUCCCAAUGGAGUCUAUUGGCGUAAUCUUCGACGAAUCGCUGCAAACCACAUGUUUUCUCCACGAAGAAUCUCCGACCUGGAAGGGCUCAGAAGAGAGGUUGGCGUUGAAAUGACAGAGGAGAUGUCAAGAAAUAUGACCAUUGACGGGGUAGUGAGGCUAAGAGAAGUCCUCCAAAAGCAUACGUUGAAGAACAUAAUAGAGAGCGUGUUUGGAAGUGAUUUUAAAACGGUACGAAAGAAUCAACUGAGUGAAAUGGUGAGAGAAGGCUAUGAAUUGAUAGCUAUGUUCAAUUGGGAAGAUCAUUUUCCGGUCAGUUUCUUGGAUUUUGGUGGAGUGAAAAGGAAGUGCCAUGAAUUGGCGGGCAGGGUUAGUGUAGCAGUCGGGCAGAUUGUUGAAGAGAGAAAAAGAGACAAAAAUGAGGCGAAAAAUGACUUUCUUAGUGCUUUGCUUACUUUACCAAAGGAGGAUCAGCUGAAUGAUUCAGACAUGGUGGCUGUUCUAUGGGAAAUGAUAUUUCGUGGAACCGAUACGAUUGCCAUACUCUUAGAAUGGAUCAUGGGCAGGAUGAUAUUACACCCAGAAAUCCAAGCCAAAGCUCGAGAGGAGAUCGACACGUGUGUAGGUUGCAAUAGGCACGUGCGUGAUUCCGACAUUCCCAACCUUCCUUACCUCCAAGCCAUAGUAAAGGAAGUUCUCCGUUUACACCCUCCAGGUCCAUUACUGUCGUGGGCCCGUUUGGCAAUCCAUGAUGUCCACGUGGACAAGGUCUUAAUCCCAGCUGGCACCACGGCAAUGGUGAACAUGUGGGCCAUAUCUCAUGACCCUUCCAUAUGGAAAGACCCAUGGACAUUCCGACCAGAGCGGUUCAUUGAAGACGACAUGUCGAUUAUGGGUUCGGAUUUGAGGCUGGCGCCGUUCGGGGCUGGGCGGAGGGCGUGCCCAGGGAGGGCGUUGGGUUUAGCCACUGUGCAUCUAUGGCUAGCCACUUUUCUGCAACGGUUCGAAUGGGUUCCGUGUUCGACAAAGCCGGUUAAUUUGUCGGAAUGUUUGAAGCUGUCCCUUGAAAUGAAGAAAGCUUUGGAGUGUUGUGUGGUUAGUCGGUGAUUUUCUGUAGUAAAAAAAGGAAAAUAUAUGCCGUGGGUUUGGAGUUGAAGAGGUUAUUUUGGUGGUUAAAAAAUAUUUUUACGGCGACAAAAACCUCAUGGAAAGUAGAUUAUUUGUGAUGUAAAUUGCUUAAUAACUGUGUUUUUAUAGUAAGAAAUAAGGCCCACGAAGAUGCCAAGUUGUAAUCA